UUGAUAACCAAUAAGAAUCGACAAAAAAAAAACUUACUCCACAUAUACUCUUCUCUUCACUCUUCAGUCUUCACUAUUCAGUCUCGAGUAUUUCACCGAUCUAUAAAUACACUCCUCUUCUCCACCAAAAGUAUCAUAUCAUACCAAAAACAUAAAGCCAAAAUAUAAACACAUAAGCCUUUUAGCAUGAGUUCAACGUUGAGCGAUGUGUUUAGAUCGCAUCCCAUUCACAUCCCACUCUCAAACCCACCUGACUUCAAAUCUCUCCCGGAUUCUUACACGUGGACUCCUAAAGAUGAUCUCCUCUUCUCCGCCUCCGCCUCCGACGAAACCCUGCCGCUCAUCGACCUCUCCGAUAUCCACGUGGCCACUCUUGUGGGCCAUGCUUGUACCACGUGGGGAGCGUUCCAGAUCACCAACCACGGCGUCCCCUCGCGACUUCUCGACGACAUUGAGUUCCUCACCGGAAGUCUUUUCCGGCUUCCCGUACAGCGGAAGCUCAAGGCGGCUCGGUCAGAGAAUGGCGUCUCCGGCUACGGCGUAGCUCGUAUUGCUUCGUUCUUUAAUAAGAAGAUGUGGUCCGAAGGUUUCACCGUUAUUGGCUCUCCCCUCCACGAUUUCCGUAAACUCUGGCCCAGCCACCACCUCAAAUACUGUGAAAUUAUUGAAGAGUAUGAAGAACAUAUGCAAAAGUUGGCAGCCAAGUUGAUGUGGUUCGCAUUAGGUUCACUGGGAGUUGAAGAAAAGGACAUACAAUGGGCCGGGCCUAAUUCAGACUUUCAAGGAACCCAAGCAGUUAUCCAACUAAACCAUUAUCCAAAAUGUCCAGAACCAGACAGAGCCAUGGGCCUCGCAGCCCAUACAGACUCGACCCUCAUGACAAUUCUGUACCAGAACAACACCGCCGGUCUCCAAGUUUUCCGGGAUGACGUGGGCUGGGUUACCGCGCCACCUGUCCCUGGCUCGCUGGUGGUCAACGUCGGUGACUUGCUCCACAUUUUAACCAACGGAAUCUUCCCGAGCGUGCUUCACCGAGCCAGGGUUAACCACGUCCGAUCUCGGUUCUCAAUGGCUUACCUGUGGGGUCCACCAUCCGAUAUAAUGAUCUCUCCACUUCCCAAACUGGUUGAUCCUCUCCAAUCUCCUCUCUACCCAUCUCUCACUUGGAAACAAUACCUUGCUACCAAAGCUACUCAUUUUAAUCAAUCUCUUUCCAUUAUUAGAAAUUAACUGUCUUCCGACUGAAUUUCUUGAUUUUCAGAUUUUACUAUUUAUUUUCUUAGUAAUAUGAUGAUAUCUAUUACUGUUUUGAUUUUAGAUGAGUGGUUCUUCAAAUUCACAAUUAGUAGCUUAAUAUUGAUUUUGUCAUGUUACAUAAAAAGGGUCGUAUAGUUUUUGUUUUCCACAAAUUUACAAAACUAUGAAAACUUGCUAAUGUUUUACAUGAACUAUAUAUAAG